ACUCGUUUAUUUGCAGAGGCAGAGAGACCUCUAACUCGAACCGAAGAGAAACAAUGGGGACUUCAGUGCAGGUAACGCCGCUUUGCGGUGUCUACAGCGAGAGCCCAUUGUCGUACUUGGUUUCAAUCGACGGUUUCAACUUCCUCAUCGACUGUGGCUGGAACGACCACUUCGAACCUUCUAUUCUUCAACCUCUCUCCAAGGUAGCCUCAACCAUUGAUGCAGUUCUGUUAUCUCACCCAGAUACACUUCAUCUGGGUGCACUCCCAUAUGCAAUGAAACAAUUUGGGCUCUCAGCUGAAGUUUUUUCCACUGAGCCCGUUUAUAGAUUAGGUCUUCUCACUAUGUAUGAUCAAUUUCUCUCGCGAAAGCAAGUAUCUGAGUUCGAUUUGUUUACUUUGGAUGAUAUUGAUUCUGCUUUCCAGAAUGUUACUCGACUUACCUAUGCCCAAAAUCAUCACCUUUCUGGUAAAGGAGAAGGGAUUGUUAUAUCACCUCAUGUGGCUGGGCAUUUGUUGGGUGGUACUGUGUGGAAGAUAACUAAGGAUGGUGAGGACGUUAUAUAUGCUGUUGACUUCAACCAUCGCAAAGAAAAGCAUUUGAAUGGAAUAAAUCCAUCCUCUUUCGUGCGCCCUGCCGUUUUAAUAACAGAUGCCUAUAAUGCUUUGAACAACCAGCCUUAUAGACGCCAAAUGGACAAAGAAUUUACAGAUACCAUAAAGAAGACUCUAAGAACAGAUGGAAAAGUGUUACUACCCGUUGAUACCGCUGGGCGAGUUUUGGAAAUUAUUCAAAUUUUGGAAUCGUGCUGGGCAGAGGAAAAUUUGAACUAUCCCAUAUACUUUUUAACAUAUGUUUCAUCAAGCACCAUUGACUAUGUCAAAAGUUUCCUUGAAUGGAUGAGUGAUUCUAUUGCAAAGUCUUUUGAAACGACACGUGAUAAUGCCUUUCUUUUGAAGCAUGUCACACUUUUAGUUAACAAGAAUGAGCUUGAUAAUGCUCCAGAUGGUCCAAAGGUGGUUCUAGCAUCAAUGGCCAGUUUGGAAGCAGGUUUCUCUCAUGACAUAUUUGUUGACUGGGCAAAUGAUGCACGAAAUCUCAUGCUUUUUACAGAAAGAGGCCAGUUUGGCACAUUGGCUCGUAUGCUUCAAGCAGAUCCACCUCCAAAAGCAGUUAAAGUCACUUUAUCCAAGAGGGUCCCUUUAGUUGGGGAGGAACUAAUUGCCUAUGAAGAAGAACAAAACCGAAUAAAAAGAGAGGAGGCUUUAAAGGCUAGCCUUAUUAAAGAGGAGGAAUCAAAAGCUUCUAAUGGACCUGAUGCUAUCGUGAGUGAUCCAAUGAUCGUUGAUGCUAGCAAUGCUCAUCCUUUGCCAGAUGUGGCAGGUCCACAUGGGAGUGGAUACCGGGAUAUAUUAAUUGAUGGAUUUGUUCCACCUUCCACAAGUGUUGCUCCAAUGUUUCCCUUUAUUGAAAAUACUUCUGAGUGGGAUGAUUUUGGUGAAGUAAUUAAUCCUGAUGAUUAUGUAAUCAAGGAUGAAGACAUGGACCAAGCAGGAAUGCUUAUGGGUGGCGAUAUGGAGGGCAAGCUUGACGAUGCCUCUGCUAGUUUGAUACUUGACACGAAGCCAUCAAAAGUUGUAUCUAAUGAAUUGACUGUGUCUGUCAAAUGUUCAUUGCUUUAUAUGGAUUUUGAGGGCCGUUCUGAUGCAAGAUCCAUCAAGUCAAUUCUGUCCCAUAUGGCUCCUCUAAAGCUUGUUCUGGUUCAUGGAACUGCAGAAGCCACAGAACAUUUGAAGCAACACUGUAUGAAACAAGUUUGUCCUUAUGUUUAUGCUCCUCAACUUGAAGAAACAAUUGAUGUCACCUCUGAUUUAUGUGCUUAUAAGGUACAACUGUCUGAAAAGCUGAUGAGUAACGUGCUGUUUAAGAAGCUCGGAGAAUAUGAAAUAGCUUGGGUUGAUUCUGAUGUUGGGAAGACAGAAAAUGAUACAUUGUCUUUACUUCCCCUCUCAACCGCACCACCACCACCCCAUAAAUCAGUCCUUGUAGGUGAUUUGAAAAUGGCAAACUUCAAGCAGUUUCUUGCCGACAAUGGUGUCCAGGCUGAAUUUGCCGGCGGGGGGGCACUACGAUGUGGUGAAUAUGUGACACUGCGCAAGGUUGGAGAUGCCAGCCAUAAGGGUGGUGGUCCUGGUACGCAGCAAAUUGUUAUUGAAGGGCCUUUAUGUGAGGAUUAUUAUAAGAUUCGAGAUUAUCUGUAUUCACAGUUUUAUUUGCUUUAAAAUCGAAGACACAACUUCUAUUCUUAUACCCCAUUUUGCUUGAGACUUGCGAAGCCGAAAGGGCUUUCAGUGAGAAGUGUUUAUUUCCCACAAUGGCAUGUAGAUUGGUAAUGUGACUGAUAAGCUGUAGCUUGGCAAAUCAAUGGUCAGUUAACACUUAGAAAAUUCAAUGAAAUUGUAACACAAUUCAGGCAAAUAUGGCAGGCAGGUCUGCUUGUAUCAUUUGCUAAUAGCACCAAUGCAAAAGGUUUCCAAGUGAAUUCGAAAGACGAAAU